UCAGCAAGCAGCCCCAGCUCGUCAGCGCAUGUUUAAUAAAAAUUGACGUAGACGCAUCCGAUCUGAGAUUGGGUGCGCGCCAAGCGUGUUUGUAACAUGACGUAUGCCGUGGGGCACGCAAUGGAUGAAAAGCGCGGGGCUCGCGCGUUGCCUACAAGCUUCAUUGACAUCUGAACGACUUUUCUAACUUCCCGAAUACUCAAGUAAAACUCAACUCUUUUCACCUCAACAACCCUCCACAAACCAUCAAUAUGUCCGCUCAAAACGGUGGCCGUCAAUCUCCCGAGCCCGAGCAGCAGACGGGCGCUCAACAGUCCGACGCCCCGGCUACCGACAUCAACAACCAGGGCGGCGCUCCCUCAGAAGGCACCAAGCAGGCCAACGACGACCAGAAGGCCAACCUCCAGUCAAACCCCACACACCCGCUCGCGAAGCACGCUGAGGAGACGACGAGCAAGAAAUGAGGUGUUGGUGGAUGAGCUGAGAGAAGAAUGAAGUGGAUUAAUGGGGCCGGGCAUGCAUCACGAGUGGUUGCGAUGAAUCACUGGUGAGCCGCCGCUCCAUACCUAAAAGCUGCAAAAAGGUAGCGAUAGCAUCAUAAUGACAGAUUGCGAUUGACGUCAC